AUGUCACAGAACGCUAUGGAUGAGAUCGCCCUCGUUCCAACGUUACAAGAUACAUCAGAGCCAUCGACAUCGCGACCAGAAGAAACCGUAGUACAUGUGGUACCUAAUCGUACCGACUCUAGAAAAUCUAAAUUAGUCAAGAAGUAUCAACGGACACCGAUAGCCUUUUAUCAGGCUCUUGUCCUAGGCGCUGUACUUCUCCUGUUGAUACUUUUGUGUGUUGCCUUCGAGACGUGGAGGAGCACGAGUCGAACUGGCGACGAAGCUAUCCCGCAUGAUAGAGAAGAUGAAGAAUAUCACUUAGCUUUGGUUGACCUAGUAAAUAGCCAGCCAGGUAUCACGUGGAAGGCACAAUAUAACCGAUUUGCUUCGCGUCCUGAAUACGGUCCCAAUACUAUUGGAGACACGGAAGCGGCAAAAUUGUUAAUGAAAAAGUUUUUCCAUCUUGAUGGCACUCACACCUGCUCCAAGAUACCAAUUAAAGUAAACAUUCCGGAGGCGUUUGACGCCAGAACGGCUUGGCCGAAAUGCUGGGCGGUCCAUCAAAUAUUCAAUCAAGCAGGAUGUGGAUCUUGCUGGUCUGUAGCAGCAACAGCGGUAAUGUCUGAUCGCGUCUGCAUCAGUUCAAAUGGUACAUCCCAAACUCAGAUCAGCGCCCUCGAUCUGACGUCGUGCUGUUUGUCGUGUGGAGGAUGCCAAGGAACCCACUGGGCUCUGUCAGCAUUCACCUAUUGGAAAGAGCAUGGCAUCGUCUCUGGUAGGUGA